CUUCCAAGUUGGUUUUGGAGUUUAUGUCGUAAUGUGGAAUUUAUGAAUCUCACAAGCAACCAAAUUAGAGGUACAUUUGCAAAUUUGACAUUGGAAUUUUCAUAUUUCCCUGAACUACAUCUGAGUUCAAACAAGUUGGAAGGUCCAAUCCCCUCAAUUCUAUCAAAAGCCUCAUAUCUGGAUCUCUCUAAUAAUAAACUUUCAGGGUCAAUUUCAUUCCUAUGUUCAAGUGCAGCUAUUUAUUUAGGCUUUCUUGACCUCUCAAGCAACAAUGUUUCUGGACAAGUUCCAGAUUGCUUGACACAUUUGGAGAAUCUAGUCAUGCUUGAUUUGAGUUACAAUUCUUUGUCCGGGAAAAUUCCUACAACAAUAGGCUCUGCAUUUCGGAUUGAAACACUCAAAUUAAGAAGCAAUAGAUUUGUGGGACAAUUGCCUUCUUCGUUGAAGAAUUGCACAAGUUUAGUAGUUAUUGAUGUUGGGGAUAAUAAAUUAUCCGGACCAAUACCUGAAUGGUUCGGGGUUAGCUUAAAGAAUUUGGUUAUCCUGAUGCUUUCGUCUAAUCACUUCAAUGGAAGUCUGCCCUCACAAUUAUGCCAUCUAACACACAUUCAAAUUUUGGAUUUCUCUAUGAACAACAUAUCUAGAAACAUACCCAAAUGCCUCAACAAUCUGACUACUCUGGCUCAGAUAGGACAUUCAAAUCAGAAAAUCACACAUCCCUUAGGAAAUUCAAAUUCUACGUAUCACUAUGAGGAUGAUGCAACAUUCAUAUGGAAAGGAAGAAUGCAGACAUACAAAAACACUUUGGGGCUUGUAAAGAGAAUUGAUUUGUCAAGCAAUAGAUUAACAGGGGAGAUUCCAAGUGAAAUAACUCAUCUUGUUGGGUUGAUUUCUUUAAACCUAUCGAGAAACCAAUUAAGAGGUCAAAUAACUCCAAAGUUCGGAAACUUGCAGUUAUUGGAUUCUCUUGAUUUGUCAAGAAACCAUAUAGACGGAAGAAUUCCAACAAGCCUUGCUCGGAUAGAUCGUCUUAGUUUCUUGGACUUGUCAUAUAACAACUUGUCUGGAAAAAUUCCAAUUGGGACUCAGCUCCAAGGCCUUGAUCCCUCUGUUUAUGCUGGGAAUCCUCAACUAUGUGGGCCUCCACUUAAAAAGAUGUGUGCCGAUGAGGAGGAAAGAGGUCCAAGUAAGCAAACUGACUUCAUCAACCAAGAGGACAAGGAUGAGCUAAUAACACUGGGAUUCUACAUUAGUGUGGGGAUUGGAUUUGCUGCUGGAUUUUGGGGAGUUUGCGGCACCUUGAUAUUUUCAAGGUCGACUCAUGAAGAUAUGCAUACUUGAAGUUCUUGAAUGGUUUAAAUGAUUAGCUUUUUUUUUAUUAUAGCUUUAUUGAAGCGUCAAUUGAAGGAUGCUUUAUCCAACAUCUUCAGAGACAUGUCUUCCUUUCAGUGAAGUGGCUCUGUAACGGUAGUCGUAUUGUAGUAGCAGGAAAUGGAUUUUUAUA